AGCUUGGCCUUCUUAGCUUGUCUAGUGCAAGGCAGUGCAGAAGGAAGUGAGGGAUUCCAGAGUGGACAGUGUUUGCCUUCACCCCAAGUGAUCAUGAGAGGUGCUGUGCAAGUCUUCAUCAUGCUCCUUCUAGCAACUGUCUCUGACUGUGCGGUGAUCACAGGGGCCUGUGAACGAGAUGUCCAGUGUGGGGCUGGCACCUGCUGUGCUAUCAGCCUGUGGCUGCGGGGCCUGAGGCUGUGUACCCCUCUGGGGCGGGAAGGAGAGGAGUGCCACCCUGGAAGCCACAAGAUCCCUUUCUUUAGGAAACGCCAACACCAUACCUGUCCCUGUUCACCCAGCCUGCUGUGCUCCAGGUUCCCAGAUGGCAGGUACCGCUGCUCCCAGGACUUGAAGAAUGUCAACUUUUAGUUUAUCUGGACUCUGUCUGGGUCCCUACUGGGUGACCUCUUGUGUUACAUCUGUGUGACUUAGUUCCGUGCAACUUCUCCACUCCCCACCCUGUCCGUGUGUGUGCAGACAAGCAUAUCUUCCACUACGGAACAGUCCAGCAGCGUGCAGAGAGGAGUUUGCAGCCUUGAGAAGUGGGCCAGCCUGGCCUUCCUGGCCAGACCGCCUGAAGUUGUGACACUGGGACCUCCUCAAUUGUCUGCCCUUCCUGCAUGUGCCCUUCUCCCUAAACCACACCUCCCAGGCCCUGGCCUGUGGGUGCGUCACUAAGUCACGGGGUCCAUGGGGGGAAGAUCAACAUUCUCCUCAUUUUCUUUCAUUGGCUAGCUCCUUGUUUUAGGAGUAAGUCCGAAGUCAGCACUUCUUAGGGCACCAUUCUAAAGCAAGAGGAUUUCAGGGACUCUUUGAGUUUGGGGUGAGAGGCAUCUCAGAGGCUCUGGGUAUGAGUGUGAGGUGGGCUGGGAAGGGAUGGGAGGGUGAGGAAACCAUGGAGCAGACUUAGCAUGGGCCUACUGCAACUCUUGGAGCUGAAGUCCAGUCCCUUUGGGUUUAUGUGAAAUAUUUGACCCACAGGCCAUGUGUGCCUAGUGACAGUAAUUUGUGUCAGGAACGGAGCUGGCAAGGCCCAGAGCCUGAAGCAGGCCUGGGAGCUUUCUCUACAUGCAGGUCGCUGGUACCUCUGACUUCCCAACCUAAUUCUUAUUCUACACACAGGGUGUCCAACAACACUGUGACAAAAUGUUGCCAUCUACAAAGUUCAGAGAGGAGCAAUUGAGUUAGGACAACACAAUCCCUUUUUCAGAAAGCUUACACUUUUGUCUUGGGCCACACUGACAGCUCUCCAAAGCAAGCAAUGGAGCAAGCAAGCAAACAAACGAAUGAACAAACACUUAAAGAACAUAAAAUAUGAAAAGACAGGGUGCUACACUCCCCCGCCCCCCAUCCUGCCCUCUACCCGUCUCUGCUCAGUCCUUAAUCCAGGGCCCACUAGCCUGGGCACUGGCCAGCACAGGGUCCUUUCCGAGCUUUUGUUCAUUUAGACAGACACUGUCACCUGUUCUGCUGACCUGUGCAGCUCUUCCCUGAAUGCACCACGAUCUCUUUCCUUCCAGGUUCCAGCCCUGGUUCCUAGGUGUGAAGUUCCCUUCCAAGUCUGUGGGCCCAUGCUGCUCCUUGUCUCACAGGUCUCUAGGUUUCACUACUGUCCUCGGGUCCUGAUUGUGUCCCUUGCAGCACACAGAGCAACUCUGAGUGCAGUGGUCUACAGCCAGUGCCUCAGUGCUCCAUAGAUAAGACGUUGGGGUGGCCUAUGGCACCCCCAGCACACUGUCAUUUUGCCUGUCCAUCCUAGCCACAGAACUAUAGGGUGAAACAACAAUUUAAUGCGACUUUAUUCGUUUUUUUUUUUUUCUUUUUCUUUUUUUCGGAGCUGGGGACCGAACCCAGGGCCUUGUGCUUGCUAGGCAAGUGCUCUACCGCUGAGCUAAAUCCCCAACCCCAACUUUAUUCGUUUUCGUUAUUAAUCUCCUAAUUUUGAGGACUGUGUAAUGAGUCUCCCGUCUUCUCUGCUGUGGCAAAAAAUAGGACAGUGGAGAGGUUAGGAAGCUUAGAAAAUAUAUUUAUAUUCGGGAAUAUGCUCUUCAGAAAUAGGGAUAUUAAAAAAACUACCUACAGAGCUAGUAUGCACCUAAGAAGAAUAUAUUUUAGAAGAAUGAGAGGCGAAGUUGACAUUCUCUCAAGAUUAUCAAUUUAAGCGACUGUGCUUCAGCUCAAUCUUUCCUUUUCGACUAUUGGUUUCUGGCGCCAUCUCGUGGACAAAAUGGAAAUAGCAAGGAACGCGAAGAGGACUGUGUGCUUCCAGAAUUAGAAGUGGGAGUUUUUCAUGAUUUGGAUUCCAUCGGAGAUCCGGAACAGUGCUUGCCAAGAAGCCUGCCGUACGAAGGACCCCAAAAACAACGCUUUAUUAACACGCUGCCCUGCCCCACCUUACAAACGGUCACGGAAGCCUCAGUUUCCUUCCUGCUGAGUUUAGACCAGGUGCUACGAUUUUCCUGCUCACAGGUUCUCUAGAAUGAGAGAGCAGAUGUGGAUAAGCCCCUCACCCCAACCUCCCGCUGUGAGUCACCAGGAAGUAGCGACUCCGCAGAGCCGCUUUUAAAACUUAAUCACUUGAACUCCUCCUCAUCUCUGGCUCAUUUGAGUGACUGCCUCCAUUGUCUCCACAAGUCUUUAGGUAGCCAGGGCCUAGAGAUUCCCCCAUAUCUCCAGACAAAAGGGCCAGACACAUAAGGCCAGAGCAGAGACUGUGUGGGGAUGUGUGCUCCCAGAUCUGCUGCCAGAGUCUCCUCUUUCUGUUGUUCAUCCUUAAACUCCCCCAUUGUGGCUCUUAGCGCUCUGAGUAAGGUCCUGGUAAACUAGCCGGGUACUGAUCUGUCCAGUUACUACCUGGUGAUAAAGGGCUUCCUGAAAGCCAUAACCAAGGGCGAGCCUGGACCAAGGAGGAGCAAGAGGCUCCUAAAGUUGAAGAGAAAAAUUAGAGAGGGAAGAAAGGCUGCAGGGUUGGACACUGACCCACAGAUGAGCCUGCAGAGUGGACCCAAAUCGUUGACCCAAGGUCAGCUCAACCUUUGACCCAAAGAGCCAACCUCGAGGCUUUGUGUGGAAUUUAUUUAAAAAAAAAAAUCGUACCCUGCCAUGUAGGUAGAGAAGAAGCACAUGCUGGCCUGGGGCACACUAAGUGUUGGCAUUCUGUCUAAGCUCCACCCCCACCGUUACAUGGCAACAGGCAGGUAUGCUCUGCCCCACAGUUACAACAGGUAACAGCCAGCUGUGCCUGGCACUAUAAAAGGGGCUGCUUGGGGGCUGGGGAUUUAGCUCAGUGGUAGAGCGCUUACCUAGGAAGCGCAAGGCCCUGGGUUCGAUCCCCAGCUCCGAAAAAAAGAACCAAAAAAAAAAAAAAGGGGCUGCUUGCCCCCUCCUCAUUCUCUUGUUCUUUUGCUCUCACUUGCUCUUCCCCCCUUCUCCUUUCUCCCUUCUCUCCCCAUUCCUCUCCCCCCUUCCUCCACAUGCUCAUGGCUGGCCUUUACUUCUCUCCUCUUCUCUUCUUUCAUUAGACCUUUCCACGUGGAACCAUGUUGGCUUGUGCUUUGUCCGGAUGCGAGCCAAGAUUUCUACCCCAACAGAAUGUGUGCACUGUGCAGUGCAAAGUGGCUUGACUUCCCUGAAAACAGGAGCAUGUUUUUUAAUGGUUAUUUAGCACUCAUUUUGUGGCGAAGAGGGUUGAUAUCUCAUUAACUAAAGCUACAUAUAGUUUCAUACAAACCAAACUACAGCUUGUCAGCCCUCUGAACCCUGGGGCUUCUUCACGGGAAUUCCACCAACUGGGGAUCAACAUAUUAAAAAGUACAUGUGCA